UGAAUGCUGAGGAGCAGCGGAAGUUCCUUGAGCGUGAGCGGGAGCGGGGCCAGAAGCGCUCCAUGAAGAAGUAUACCAAGAGAGGGUAAUCUCCCACGGCGGGAGAUGGGAAGGGAGAUGGAACAAUUGGAGAAAAGUGAUCGAUUGGAUCUCUGUUGCUAUAGUUUCAUAACUUCGUGUACCAUGUAUUCGUACUUAAUUCUUAUGAGGUGCUGAGAGAUGAAGGCAAUUGGACGUUAAUAGCUUUACUGUGAUGAUACAACUUUGGACAGAUAUUAUUUCCCGAGUUCUCCGUCUCCAGGUCGACAGCACCCCGUGUAUUGAUGCCCAACCCUUCCCACGAGAGCACAGGGAUGAGUCUAGAGUGAAAGGGAUAUUGCUUGUAAGAUGCCACCCCAUACCUCGGCUAUCGGACUGUCCUCACAGCCUGGUUCUAGACGCAAGUGGGGAUUCCAUUGCUCGUCUAUCAGGUGGUGUAUUCCCUCCUUGCGACAUACCCCUGCGGACUCGAGGGUCUCAGAAUGAUACUUUCAGGUACCAUCGAGGCGCUGGCUGCCAUGGAGACAUGCCCCUUCCACGUUGGGUUCAAUGGCGUUCUGUUUUACUUCGGCAAUGCGCCGCCAUGCAACUGUCUGACGGCCAGCACACCAACUGCUUCGCACGCCUGUGCUUGGAUAUCGCGAGAUCCGAGAGUCGCCUCCGUUCUUUCUUUCUUUCUUUGUUUUCUAUAAAUACGUAUGCCCUCGUAGCCAAUGGGUUAUUCGUCGCGUCAAAGCGAGCAUCUAACGACAGGGAUAGUAGCGUUAUAUCAACAAGGUUCGGCUCACUCGUUCUGGCUGUAAGCCCACUCAGUCCCCCUUGCAUGGAGAGUAAAUAUACGCACCGGAGGAUUACCACCGCCUACAGCUGUCGGUCGAUCUGAAAGCUCAAUUUCCGAGCCCUGGCCAAUGAGCUGGUUGUUUGGUGUAUCGACAGGUAUCAUGUGAAGUCAAUGCUCACUCUAUAUCAGGCCGACUCGCUUUCUGGAGAGAUAAAUACUGGGAUAUACCAAAGAUUUGCUUCUGCGAGCUGGUUCUUUUUCAUAAAAAUGUGUAACCUUGUUUAGAGCGCCACCAGGAUAUUCACCAUUGUUAUUUUGGGCGGAUAUCA